AUACACUGCCACUAUCCGCGCGUACGCACACCACCGACCGACCGAGUCCAUCUCGUCCAUGCCAUUCAGUCGCACAACUGUUGCUCGACCGACCACGCCGUUCGCGCCCCUCCCCCGCAGCGUACGAUCGCCGAAGUCAUCCUAGACGAUCUCGCCGGAGUGAAAAUUUUGUCGCCGCGGAUCGUGAAUUAUUUAAUUUGAAAUAAAAUCUCUAAUACUCGCCGACGCUCCACGUGUCGUCUCGUGUGCUGCAACCGUUGUCGUCAUCGUCGUAGUCGUCUUCGAUACCAUCGUUUCCCUCCGAUUGUCAUCUCCCCGUUGUCGGGUUCUGUCUCGGGAUCGUCUCGACGUGAGUGCGUGAGUUUACCAGUGCGCGAUUCGUUCGUAUCUAUUUUUUUUUUUUUUCUAUAUCACGCCCAAUACGAACCGCAUCUACGCGUUUCUAUGACGCUACGACGAUGAUGCGAUCGACGGCCGGCGAGACGACCGCCGAAGUCACAACGACGACCACGACCACGGUUGUUGUAGCCGUGUACGCGAACCGGAUAAUGCCGAAAUCUCAUUGAACCCGACGCGACGUUUGAGUGCUCAACGUAUACUCAUACGCAUUCGUUGUUCUUGUUAUUGGUUGCUUGACGGAAAAUUAGCUCGUAACUUCACCACUUACAAAAGCGCGCGUCCCGGAGACCGCGUGAACACACCCAUGGUCGUGCUCUGACGGUUUCGCAGUGGCGACUCGCACCCCGACCGCCGCCACCGUCGCCGACGACGACACCACCGCCCCCGACACCGACACCGACACGGGCGCCGACAUGACGUCGCGACACGUCGCCCGCGGACCGUGAGUGUGCCGGCCGGCGUACCGCGCCCAUAAAGCCAUGUGCACGGCGGCCACCGGAUGUUGGCGUGGCCGUUUUGCGUCGACAUGAACCGCGCCGAAGAGGUGCAGCUGUUCCGCAAGUCCAGAGAAGUGUCGCUGAGAAGCAACGGCAGUGGGACGGGCAACUGUGGGGCGAGCGGGUCGCCCGUCGUCGACAGGGUCGCCUCUACCGAACUGAGACAGCUACACCAACAGCAGCAACAGCAACAGCAACAGCAACAGCAGCAGCAACAGCAACAACAGCAACGACCGCGCGUCGGAUGUGGCGGAGUCGGUGGUGGCGGCGGCGGCGGCGGCGGCCAACCGGAAGAGGACGAGCGGCGCCGGCAGCAGCGGUUUGUUGACGGCGGCAAACAGGAAGCCGCACCGGACCAACAGGUCCGGCCGCCGCACCACCACAGACGGAUGCCCAGGUUCGGCGAGGCGCAUCAUCGGCGGGUGCCCACGCCGCUCAAGAAGCGCCGGCAGCCGCGCGAGGACUUCGCCGACCCGCCGACGCCGAGCAGCGACGCCGACGACGCGGCCAUCGUCGAGGUGGUCACCGCCGGCGGUGAUGCCAAACCGGCCGCGCCACCCGGCGUCCCCGACCCGUACUACCCCAUUUACCUGCCCAUUGACCAGGCGUUCAAGGCCAAGUACGUGUUCCACCAGCGGAAGGGCAAGACUUUCCAGGAGAAGGUCUACGUGUUCCUCGAACACCCGUGCGGAUGGAUUUGCUUCAUUUACCACUUCGCUGUGUUCAUGGUCGUAUUGGUGUGCCUGAUAUUCAGUGUGCUAUCAACGAUCGACGAGUAUUCCGGGUUUGCGAACGAAACUCUAUUUUGGAUGGAAAUUUGUCUAGUCGUGUUCUUCGGCGUCGAGUAUAUGAUACGAUUAUGGUCAGCCGGUUGCAGGUCCAAGUACAUGGGCACUUUCGGCAGGUUCCGUUUCGUCCGGAAACCCAUAUGCAUCAUCGAUCUAAUCGUUGUCGUGGCGUCAAUCGUGGUCUUAUCAAUCGGUUCCAAUGGCCAGGUAUUUGCCACAUCAGCGAUUAGAGGCAUUAGGUUUCUACAAAUAUUGAGAAUGCUUCACGUGGACCGUCAAGGUGGUACAUGGCGGCUUCUCGGCUCAGUUGUAUUUAUUCAUAGACAAGAGCUCAUCACUACAUUGUACAUAGGAUUUUUAGGUUUAAUAUUUAGCAGCUACUUUGUUUACCUCGCUGAAAAAGAUGCGGUCAGUAAGGAUGGUAAAUCAAGAAAUGAUUUUUCCAGCUACGCCGACGCACUCUGGUGGGGAGUGAUCACUGUUACGACGAUAGGUUAUGGUGACGCAGUACCUCAGACGUGGAUCGGCAAGAUCGUAGCCUCGUGUUUCAGCGUAUUCGCGAUUUCGUUCUUCGCUUUACCAGCUGGCAUAUUGGGUUCUGGAUUCGCGUUGAAAGUACAGCAAAAACAACGGCAGAAGCAUUUCAACCGACAAAUACCCGCGGCUGCGAUGCUGAUACAAUGCCUGUGGAGGUGCUACGCGGCGGAUAAAUGUUUCAACAGCCAAGCCACUUGGGACAUUUACAUCAAGGAACCGGGACACCAGAAAGACAACUCGUCGUUGAGCAAAUCUUUGAUCAUGCAAGUAGCGAAACGCGCCAGCGUCUUGAAGCGGAAGAGAUCAAAAAGCAAAAUGGACACACCUGGAACGACAAAUAAUAAUAGGGAUUGCCCGCAAGCUCAAACUUUACCCCCACCGCCUAGAAGGGACAGUGACGGCGAAGUCGUCUUCUACAUAGAAGAACCCAAAGCGACUACUCCAAAUCGCGUGAGAAGAGAAGCUAGAGGAUAUGUUAGCCAGACGAGUUCCGUAACGGAAGCUGCCAGCGAUGAAGUCGAUUUGGAAAUGGAACCAGAAAGGGUGACCACGUUAACCGACGUACACAAAAAUGCUAUUCGAGCUAUUAGAAAAAUCAAAUAUUUUGUAGCCAGAAGAAAAUUUCAACAAGCUAGAAAACCAUACGAUGUACGUGAUGUUAUCGAACAAUACAGCCAAGGUCAUUUAAAUAUGAUGGUUCGGAUAAAGGAAUUGCAAAGAAGGUUAGAUCAGACACUCGGAAAGCCAGGCAGCUACUUAGCAGGAAUUGACCGAGCAGGCAAUGUUAAGCCUAUGACAAUUGGUGCUCGUUUGUAUAGGCUAGAACAGCAGCUGUCCAUUAUGGACAAGAAGCUGGACCAGUUGGUGUACCUUUUAAACGUCCAGACGCACAGACAACAAUUUCCGGCUUUAGAAGAACAAGUGUAAACGUUUUAAAAAAUUACCAAGACGUCUCCUUUUCAUAGAUCACCCGACCAAUGUUAUUAUUUUAUUAAAAAACAAAAUUAACUUCUUCUUACAAUCACGCAAAAUUAAUUUAUACACAUAUCCGUUCGACUUAAAAAAGCUUUAUCUGGUAACUAUAUCCUUUCGAUAACGUGGACCACAUUAUUGGUUGUUAAAUGACAAAAACUGUAAUAAUAAUAAUAAUAAUAACAAUAAUAAUACUAUUUAGGCGAAAUUAAAUAUUUUUAUGAAAAACCUUGUCUGAAGCAUUCUUAUGACGGAAUCUAAUUUUAGGCUAAUGCACAAUAAAAUAUAAUAUAUUAUAAUUAUAUAUAAUUAUCGUUAAAUAAAUCUAAAACACUAUUUUUCUAUGUCUAUUUAAUACAAAAAUCGUACUUGAAUUAAUAUUAUAAAUAUAUUUAAAUAUUCUAAUACAAUGUUAAAGUAUAUGCUUUGUCAGUAAUUUAGUGUAAAUCACUUAAAUCAAUAUCUUUCGAAAACACUUUAAUAAAAAAUUUAAUUUAGUUGUUAGAUUUUUUUUAUGUAACGACUGGUGAUUCCUUUAGGCUUAAUUAAUUCGAAUUUUUUACAUUCUUAUGAUUAUAUGGAUAUUAAUAGGUAUGUUGUAGUUGGUAAAAAAAAUUGAGCUUAUAGAUGUUUAGGAAUAGUUUUAAUCUAAUAAUCUGUUAUUUAUUGAAAUUAUAUUUGUAUAUGUGGCAGAGCAUAAAUAUUCUUCACGUGAUUAUUUGAUAGUAAUUCAAAAAGCAAUAAUUAAAAAUAUUUACUCGGUGUUCAAACGAUGAAUAACAAUAACGACGAAUCUAAACCCUUAAUGUAAUCAACAUUUAUCAAGUUUGUUUUUAUUUCACAUUUCGAAAUCGUUUAAUUUCAAAAACUCCUUGUUUUAUAUAAAUCAUAUUUUCUUAUUUUAAUCUGUAAACCGUAUCCUUGAAAAAUUCCUGGCGCGCACAGUGACCAAAAUUAGUUUGCAAAUUAAACAAUCAAGUAUAAGACUAAAAUUAAAACAUAUUAUUUUUUCAUAAUAGAAUACUUUUUUUUCAUUUUCUUUCUUUAUUGGGACCAAUAAACUCCAAUAACAAGGAUAAUUUUAAAACGUUAUAUCAAAAAAUUCUAAAAAAAAAAUAUAUAUAAUAACUAUGAUAAAAGAUAAAAUUGAGUGUACCGUAUUAUUAUGUAUAUUGAAAAAAACAUGUUCUCAUUUCAUUCGAACACCAAUAAUAUCAUAGAAUUUUAAUCAAAUGUUAUAUUAUUAGAUUGUAUAUUAUACAAAUCACAAAAUAAAUAUAACUAUACCUAACUGUUGAGUUUGACAUAUAAAAAUUUAAAUUUAAAUUUAAAAUUGUUCUUCUUGAUUACUAAAUUUUAGUGUAUAGGUUACUAGGUGUAUACUGUAUACUGUAUAGAUAUAACUCAACGGUUUUUCGUUAUUAUCAUUUAUACGACUAUAUGAAAACAACCCGUUUACGUUCAGUUUCGAAUCGGAAUGAGAUAAAUAUAUAAUUUAUUUGUAUGAAAAUUUAAUUUAAUUUACUGGUCCAUUGCUAUAUUAUAUUUCUGUACACUAUAAUAAGACAAUAGGUUAUAUCUAAGUUAUAACUAUUAUUAUUAAAGCAAUAGUUUUUUUUUAUUACCUAUUAAACAAAAUUGUUCUUGUUUCAUACCUGUAUAGUUGUUUCUGAUAUUUUUUUCUAAACAAAUAUUUCACCGAACCUUACAUAUUUUGGUCUAUGAGUUCUUAAAGUUUCUUUACCCAAUCAUAUACUUUAAAUAUUUAUUUAGAUAUCUUAAUCUGUUUACAGAAAAAAUUAAUAAAUAUUGGAGUUAUUUCACAGUCGGCACAUUGCGUUUUAGGCUGAGUAUCAACAGGAAAAAACUUUAUAAGAACACUAUUACAUUCUCACGUUUUUCACUUUAUACUUUUAUUUUUUUUUUCUAAAAAUAUUUUCUCGUGGAUUGAAUAUAAUAAAAUCCAAACAUUUUUUUUUAUUUUAAAUUUUUAAAGACAUCUUACUGAAUAGUGGGUAUUCGAUUUGUUAUAAAUUGACCAAUGCAUAAUAUUGGGAAAACAUUUUGUAAAGCAAUCUCUAAUCUUGGGUCUAAAUAAGUGCCUUUUAAACACAGUUAGUAAUAAUGUUAUUAGUUUAACCUUACAAUGUGGUUAUAAUAAUAAAUUUCAUUUUUUUUUCUGGACGUAUGUCUUCUAAAUUAUAUAUAUAAUGUUCGUUUAAUCAAUACGACAAAAAUAAAUCAUAACGAGUAUUAUAAACUAUACCUUUUUGUAGUACGUACGACCUAUUUCUACCACAUCAUGAAUGUAUUUUUUAUUUCAAUCUAUAAAAACGAUAAUCAUUAAUCAAUAUUAUGAUGAUCAGUUCGUAUAUUACCUACAUAGGUUGAGGUAGUAGAAGUAUUAUAAUGUAGGUAGUAAUAUUUAGAUAACAAUUUCAAUUGUAUUAACGAAUUUUCUCAUUUACAGGUACUAGACUAAUAAAAAUAAUAAAAAAAAAAUGGAAAAAAAAA